CUGAGCAUGCUUGUGUUUCAAAUCCUUGUGCUAAUGGCGGAAUUUGUCAUGAAAUUUCAUCCGGGUUUAAAUGUCAGUGUCCUAAAGGAUGGAGUGGACCAACAUGUGCAAUUGAUAUUGAUGAGUGUGCAUCUAACCCUUGUGCUAGUGGUGGUACUUGUGUUGAUCGCAUUAAUGGGUUUGAAUGUAUAUGUCCACAGCAGUGGAUUGGAGCAACCUGCCAUCUUGAUGUUAAUUAUUGUCAUGGGCAAUGCCAAAAUGGAGGGAUUUGCAAGGAUGAAGUGAAUGGCUAUCAUUGCACAUGUCCUCCUGCUUUCAUAGGCAAGAACUGCGAAAAAAAAGUUGAUGACUGCACGAGCAACCCAUGUCAGAAUGCAGGUCAUUGUACUAACCUCGUCAAUGGAUUCCAUUGUCUUUGCCCUCAUGGCUUCUCAGGAGAAUUCUGUGAGAUCGAUAUAGAUCUCUGUAAGCCUAACCCUUGCCAAAAUGGAGCUCAGUGUUAUGAUCUGAGAGAAGACUAUUACUGUGCUUGCUCUGAUGAUUACGAUGGAAAGAACUGCUCUCACCUCAAGGAUCAUUGUAAAAAUAACUCUUGUAAAGUAAUAGACAGCUGUACAAUAGAAGUCUUCACAAAUGCCACUCGGAAUGGCAUUCGUUUAAUCUCAUCCAGUGUAUGUGGACCUCAUGGACGCUGCAUCAGUCAACCAGGAGGAAAUUUUACUUGUGCCUGUGAAAAGGGC